AUGCCAGCGUACCACUCGAAAUUCGACACUGAAAUCCGAGUGUUGCCACUGGGUAACACAAAUAUGGGCAAGUUGCCGAUUCGGACCAAUUUUAAGGGACCGGCACCGCAAACCACACAAGAGGACAUCAUCGACGAAGCGCUCAACUACUUCAAGCCGAACAUCUUUUUCCGUGAAUUUGAGAUAAAAGGCCCAGCCGACCGUACGCUCAUCUAUCUCAUUUUCUACAUCACCGAAUGCCUCCGUAAACUUCAAAAAAGUCCCAACAAGAUUGCCGGUCAAAAAGAUCUCAAUGCUCUCGCCCUCUCUCAUCUUCUUCCAAUUCCUGGAGAGAACGGAUUCCCACUGAAUAGUAUGUACAAAGCACCACAAUCGAAGCCAGAUGAAGACGAAAUGCGUGCGUAUCUUCAACAAAUUCGUCAAGAACUCGGUGUUCGUCUGUGUGAAUUGGCAUUCCCGGAUCCACAUGACCGCCCGUCGAAGUGGUGGCUCUGCUUCUCGAGAAGACGUUUCAUGGAUAAGGGACUCGUUGGACAGGGUGUCAAUCUUUAA